GGGCGUAGUGGAGUCGGCAGGAGGACGUGCGGCGGGCUGGCUUCGGUCGCUUUUGUGGCACGGUGUUCCUCGGCGUCUGACCGCGCUCAUCCCGGCACCAUGGGGAAGCGGGACAAUAGGGUGGCCUAUAUGAACCCAAUAGCCAUGGCCAGAUCAAGGGGUCCAAUCCAGUCUUCAGGGCCAACGAUCCAAGAUUAUCUGAAUCGACCAAGGCCUACCUGGGAAGAAGUGAAAGAACAACUAGAGAAGAAAAAGAAAGGCUCCAAGGCUUUGGCUGAAUUUGAAGAAAAAAUGAAUGAGAACUGGAAAAAAGAACUAGAAAAACACAGGGAGAAAUUAUUAAGCGGAAGUGAGAGCUCAUCCAAGAAAAGACAGAGAAAGAAAAAAGAAAAGAAGAAAUCUGGUAGGUAUUCAUCUUCUUCUUCAUCAAGCUCUGAUUCUUCCAGCAGUUCUUCAGAUUCUGAAGAUGAGGAUAAGAAACAAGGAAAAAGGAAAAAGAAAAAGAAGAAUCGUUCACAUAAAUCUUCUGAAAGCUCCUUGUCAGAAACUGAAUCAGACAGUAAGGAUAGUUUAAAAAAAAAAAAGAAGUCAAAGGAUGCAACUGAGAAAGAAAAGGACAUUAAAGGGCUCAGCAAAAAAAGAAAGAUGUAUCCUGAAGAUAAACCUUUAUCAUCUGAGUCCUUAUCAGAAUCAGAUUAUAUUGAGGAGGUACAAGCAAAAAAGAAGAAAAGCAGUGAAGAACGAGAAAAAGCAACAGAAAGAACAAAGAAGAAAAAGAAGCAUAAGAAACACAGUAAGAAGAAGAAGAAGAAGGCUGCUAGUUCAAGUCCUGACUCGCCCUAACAUUGAAAAAUCAGGAUCCCCUUAUAAAGAAAGUGCAAUGUCUAAGGAAAUUACAACUGUGAAAAUUAUGGCAUAGUUACUAAAAUGCAUGAAUUUUCUUGUUUUUAGAAUUAUUCCUGAACUAUUCAGUAGCCACUCAGAUGUUGCUGUGUUAAAGGGCCAUAAUUGUUGCCUGCUUCUUGAACAUCUGUUUUUUUCUCUUCCAGUACUUAAUAACUCUGGGAGAUAAUAACAUUGCAGUCAUGUUAGUGGUUAAGAUAUUUGGGAAUAAAGUUAAUAUUUUUGACUAGAAGUAUCUAAUGUUAAAUCAACAGAAGUUGAAUCUGGAUACGUCUUCAGACAUGAUCAGAAAUGACAGGUGACUCAACAUUUUUGAAGUGGGGAUUACAUUGAUAUUUCAAAAUCCUUGUUCUGUAGAUAAGUGUAUUUUAAUUUUUUCCCCUUGUAUACUUUUAUAUACCAGGGGAAGGAGCUUUUAGGGUGGGGUGGGGGGGUUUGCUAUCUCUUUAGCUAGCAGAAUAGCGUGCCUUUUAUCCUCAUACAUCCUAUGUUUGUGGACACAAUAGCCAUGCUUCAUGGAGAGGUCAGAGCUAGGUACAGCAGUCUUGCCCGUUAUGGGGCUUAGUGACAUUUUUGGACUCAGUUGUAAUGCUGCUUCGAGUGAAUCAGAGAAACAGCCCUUUGCAGCAUGAGAAAGAGAAAGCCCCCAAAGCUCUGGGAUUUACCUCCACUUCAGUUAUACUGAAUGUUUUUUUAGCUUUAGAAUGUGUUCUAACAUUUUAAUUUUGACUACACUUUGGCUUUGGAGAGGAAUAAUUUCAAAUAGACACUGGUACUUUUUGAACUUGAUAGCUAAAGAUUCUAAAAUGCAUGUUUUAUACUGUUAAGUUUUAACCAGUCAGGAAAAACCUAUGUAACUAACCAGUGAUAGUUACUUUAUUUUUUUGUGUGAAUUUUGUUUAGGCUGUAAUGUUUAGCUUUUAUUAACUCCUUAUUCUUGUCAUCUUAAAUUCCUUACUGUGUUUAAUGGUAUACUUGCCAAGAUUUUUAGCAUGUAAAAAGCAGGUUUUUGUUUUCUGUUUUUUUUUUUAAACAGCUUCAUAUUGAAGCUGAGAACCAUAAACAAGUUGAGUGGCAGGCCUGGUAUGCUGUAUCUUGUUACGUAAAGCUAUUUCCAGAAUCUUAGUAAAUAUAAUGUUUUAAAAGUUUGUCUUUGUAUAUUCAUAACAAAUUAUGACAAGUUAAAUACGAGAAUUACAUUAUUCUUCUUCCUGUGUCAUAUUUUACUAAAAUUUUGUGCCUCAUAUCUCCUGAAGAAUUGUUUACUAGGAAUGUUAAAAGGAGUUGAUAAAUCAUUUUCACUUUACAUUUUUAUAUAAUCAAGUAAUGAAAUAUAAUUUGAUGUACAAUUUUGCCUGUUACAGAGGGUGUGCUAAUUAUAGUGGUAUAUGCACAAAACAUUUUGGCAUGACAAGAGCCUGAAUAAAUAGCUAUUUUGCUUAAAAAUA